GUGAAAUGCGAUGAAGAAAAGCCUACAUGCAAAAGAUGUCGAGACAGCAAAAUAAAAUGUGACGGCUACCUUCCCCUGAACAAAAGUCGAAUCUUACGGAAGGGAUUGCCAGUAGCAUAUGCGAACGCAAAAUAUAACGCCAAGUCUAUGGCUCCUCUGGCCCUAGCAUGCCUUGACCCUGAUUCUUUCGGCGACGGUUUAACGACAGCCUUAUUUCACCACUUUCGUACCUUCACUAUCACGGAUUUUGCCCUAAUCCCUGACUCGACUGUUUUUUGGGAUCGCCACGUGUUGCCUUUGAGCAAUGCGAUACCUGCUGUGAGAUAUGCUACCACAGCUCUUGGGGUUGCUCAUCAAGCCUUCUUGCUAAGAAGUUUGAACCCCUCAAACUUGCAGGAAAGUCAACGCCUGGACUUUUUCACAGUUCAGCGGUACAACCAGGCGAUUCAUCAAUUACUUCCACACAUCUCAUCUGGUAAACCCAUCGAUAUUCGGAUCAUCAUCACCUGCUGCCUGUUGUUCUAUUGCCUUGAGAAUAUCAGGGGUUGCUCGGCUGAGUCUAUACAACACUUGAAGGCCGGCUCACGGUUGUUGGUUUCUCUUCCACCCCAUUACGCAACGGAGACUACUCGAUACCGCACGAAUAACGACGACGCUAUAAGUGAAAUUGCUACUCUAUUCUCACGCCUAGGUAUUGAGGCAUCACUGUACAGCGAAGACGAAGUCGUGCCCGACCUGGGUUCCCACAGGAUACCGGUUCCGAGUUUUCCAGAGGAUAAAUUACAACCGUUUCAGGACCUCCAUAUUGCUCGAGACUUUCUUUGGGAUAUCGAUGUCGACCUUAGCACCUAUAACAACAAGGCUUUUGCGUUGGCUAAGGAGGGUGGGAGUCGCUUACCUGAGGACGGAAUCUCUCACCUGCUAGACAUUGCCGGUGGAUAUGGGCGAGUUGCUACCGUGUCAAGGGCUCCCCCAACCUAUGGCCCCUCCUAUGAGUCCGAACUACGACCUAUUAUAAACAGGUUCAGGUGUUGGAGGAAACGAUUUGACAGGACAGUCGAGGAGGCGGAGAAGAGAGUUAUGACAAAGCAGGAGCGCCAAGAGAUCAUGAUGCUUACCCUGCGACAACGCGUAUGGGAAACUAUGCUUGAAGAAGUCCCGGACGGCGACCCGAUGCUCGCAGAUAGCAUUCUGGACCAAGCCGAGCUGUUGAUCCAGACUUUCUCCUCCAAUCAUCCCAUUUUCACCCUCGAGAGCAAUAUCAUGUCGUCGACUUCAUUUGUCUGUUGCUACAGCGAUGAGGUAAGACACCGCAGGCGAGCUCUGAAAAUUCUCCGCUCUGCACGCAUACGCGAAGGGGUUUGGGAUAGCAUGGAGCUGGCCAACCUGAUUGAGGCUGGGUUUCCGGAGCUAAAGCUUGGUGAUACAGUUUCAAUUGUGAAAGGCGCAGUCAAUGUAAGUUUCAAUUGACUAUCUUAUUGAAAAGCAUCAAAGCUUGAAAUUCCUUCU